CUUUGGUGUCGCGUGUUGGCCGCGGCUGCCCGGGGAGCCAUUGCGGUCGGAAAGAGGAGCAGAGGUCGAAUUUAGCGAACUCGAUCGUUGGAGUGCAGCGGUUGCGGGCUAGCCGCCGUAGCAAAAGCUAAGUCAGCUAGCGCUGGUGUGACCGACUCGUCAGCUCGGUGAACAGCUCGUGUUGGAGUGCAGCUCGGCCAAGAGUGCAGAACAACUCUUGACACGCGGUCACAAGUGGUCGAUACCAUGCAUGUUUUGACGAUAGUCUACCCCGCUAGCACGACACGGGCGAGCUGAUAUGUCCGUGUAUUACAGGGACGUUGUGGACUGUGUGUGACCGGGAGGUGUGAGUGAUUUCCGCGCGCUGCCUCUAAACGCCGAGCCGGGGGGGAUUUCGUUCACAUUUUCCGCCACUUUCGGCCGACCUGGGGUGCUUUUUCUUUUUUUUUCUUUUUUUUUGGAGGACAGGUGAGUUCACGCGGAAGUGACUGGGCCGGCCCGCCGCGUCGCACACCGUGAGUUGGGAGUCCAAAGUCCAGCCUCGGUUCACUCCUCAGUCUCCUAUCGUGCGCCGUACCCGGAACGCCCACUCUCCCCCGGACGGCGGAGCUGCGCGGAGGUGACACUGCUCGCAAGCGUGUGAAUGGAGCAGUGUGCGAGUACAGCCUCCCUCUUGGCCUCGGUGCGGGAGCAGGAGAGGCAGUUUGAGAUGCUGAGCCGAGCUCUGGAGGAAGAGCGGAGGUCGUGCGCUGGCACCCUGCCCCGCCCCCUUCCCAACAUGCAGAACGGCCGCCUACCUUGUGAUGCGGACAUAGAGAGGCUGACACUGAACGAGGGUUACAUCAACGGGACACAUCACUUCAGGAUGGAGCCUGGUCAGGUGGUGCAGGAGACGUUCACGGUGGAGGAGGAACCCCAGGAGUCUGCACCCGUUGUCUCAGUGGAGACCAGUGACGAUGGAACCACUCGGCGCACAGAAACCACGGUAAAGAAAGUAGUAAAGACGACAACCACUCGCACAGUCAUCCCCUCAGUGUCCGACACACUUUCCCUGGAUGGUGGGGGUUCAGUGACGGGUAUGGGGGGCUUCACUGCUCCCAUGGACCGCGUCUACAGGCAGGGACCCAACGUUGGAGUGCCUAUGGACUACCCCACUCACACCGUGCCCCGAAAUUAUCCCUACGGACCCCCAGGGGGUUAUGAUGAAUACCCCAGUGGACCACCAUCCUACACAAGCCUCAGCAGGGGCGUACGCAUGGAUGAUCGUUACAGACCGGUCCAUCCAGAUGGUUACAGAACUCUGGAUCCAAGCUACAGGGCCACAAGCAGGAACCAGCUGGAAACCUACGCUGCUCAACCACAGGUUGGCCGUAUGGGAAGUGCUAUGGAGCUUUCUGCCAUCCCGAGGUUUGUUCCAGAGCCUUACGGUCUGGAGGACGAUCAGCGCAGCAUGGGCUACGAUGAGCCUGACUACGGGAUGGGACACCCAGUGCACUUCAGCACUGUGCCCCGCAACCACCAUGCAUUCUCCCAUGGCCCUCCACGCCGGACUGGGAGUUAUGAGGGCACCUUGGACGGUGACAUGAGCGGCCCGGGGGACAUGUACUAUUGGGGUGGUGGAGCACCACUGGCCCAGGGGGAAAGAGGAAGCAUGGCGUCGUUGGACAGCACCCUGAGGAAAGGUCCCGGCCCAGGUAGCUGGCGUCAGCCCGAGCUGCCAGAGGUCAUCGCCAUGCUCAAUUACAGACUCGAUCCCGUCAAGAGCAACGCUGCUGCAUACCUGCAGCAUCUCACCUAUAAGAAUGAUAAAGUGAAGUCGGAUGUCCGUCGUCUGAAAGGCAUCCCAGCGCUGGUUUCUAUGCUUGACAACCCAAACAAAGAGGUUCACUACUCAGCCUGUGGUGCGCUGAAAAACAUCUCUUAUGGCAAAGAUGCAGACAACAAGAUCGCCAUCAAGAACUGUGACGGAGUGCCAGCUCUGGUCAGGCUGCUGAGGAAGACACGUGACCAGGACCUCACCGACACCAUCACAGGGACGCUGUGGAACCUGUCAUCUCAUGACUCAGUGAAAAUGGAAAUCGUAGACCAUGCACUGCACGCGCUCUCCGACGAGGUGAUGGUGCCCCAUUCAGGCUGGGAAAAAGGGAGCAAUGGAGCAGGAGCUGGCGAGGAGAACUGCAAGCCCAGACACCUUGAGUGGGAGACGGCCCUCACCAACACAGCAGGCUGCCUGAGAAAUGUGAGUUCGGAGCGAAGUGAGGCAAGGAGGAAGCUGAGGGAGUGCACAGGAUUGGUCGAUUCACUUAUGUACAUCGUCCAAUCUCAGAUCCAUUGUAAAGAUGUCGACAAUAAGUUGAUAGAGAACAGUGUGUGUCUCCUGAGGAACUUGUCCUAUCAGGUGCAUCGCGAAAUCCCCGGCUAUGAGCGCUACCAGGAGGCCGCACCCAUCAACCAGGGCCACGCCCCCUCCAGCCAGAAGGGUGGCUGCUUCAGCUCCCGCAAGGGCAAAGAUGAGUGGUUUUCCAAAGGUAGAAAAGAUGAGGAUGCAGCUGCGGAUACAAUAGACAUUCCAAAGAGGACCACGCCUGCUAAAGGCUAUGAGCUAUUGUACCAGCCAGAGGUGGUUCGCAUCUAUACGUCUCUGCUAAAGGAGUCAAAGAACCCAACGGUGCUGGAAGCCUCGGCCGGAGCUGUUCAGAACCUUUGUGCCGGCCGCUGGACUUAUGGGCGAUACAUCCGUGCCUUGCUGCGCCAGGAGAAGGGUCUGCCCAUGAUGACGGAGCUGCUGGCACACGGGAGUGACCGUGUCGUCCGAGCCAUGUCCGGAGCCCUCCGCAACAUGGCCGUCGAUGCGCGCAAUAGAGAUCUAUUAGGGAAACAUGCGGUGCCUCACCUGGUGGCCAACCUGCCCGGUGGCGGUCAAAGUCAGCCGGUGCGAGCGCUGUCAGAAGAAACUGUGGUGUCGGUGUUGAGCACGCUCCAUGAGGUGCUGGGGCCCAGUCUGGAAGCAGCGAAGACCCUCAUGGCCUCGCAGGGCAUCGAGAGACUGGUGCUCAUUAACAAGGACGGUAAUCGCUCUGAGCGGGAGGUGCGUGGCGCCGGCCUGGUGCUGCAGACGGUGUGGGGCUACAAGGAGCUGCGGCGCACUUUGGAGAAGGAUGGCUGGAAAAAGACAGACUUCAUGGUCAACCUGAACCCUCCCAGCAACAACACCAGAGCCAACGGAGGAUAUGAGGACAGUACUCUGCCGCUCAUAGACAAAGGCAGCAAAGGGGGUCGGGAAAUGAUUCCAAUGAAUGACUUGGGACCUGAUGCCUACUCCACACUGGAUCAGAGAGGGAGAAGAAACACUCUGGAUAACACACUCGAACCUGCUGACAAAAAUGCAGUACAGAAAAACUAAUUGUGUGCAUCACAAGACGACAGCCUCCUCCCACCUACUGCCCUUGCUGAACUGACAACGGGGGACCACUACACUACAGAUGGGAUUGACUCCAUCCUUUUACACUCAACUGUUCUGACCCUCUUACUCUUUUUGCAGCUCUCUCUCUCUCUCUCUCUCUCUCUCCUCUCUCUCUCUCUCUCUCUCUCUCUCUCUCUCUCUCUCUCUCUCUCUCUGUGUUACAUUCCUCCACUGCAGUUGACACACUAAGGAAACCACAGAGAACUGAAGUGGAUCUACACUCCCUGUGGACACUAUGACCACUUUAAGCUCAGUGAGACCCUAAACUCCAGAAAAAAGCUAACCACUCAAUCAGAAACUUGGCAACAACACUACAUCUCCACACAACAACAUUACGACUUUGCCUGGACAACACAAACGCACAGUUCAACAUAAAGCAGAGGCCGUGGCUUCAUUUGAGGACUUUUGUAAUUCUUGGCUGUCGUAGCGAAUGACUUAUUGAACCUGUUAAACUAAUUAAAAGGAACUGUUGGGAUCAGAACAGGACACUUUUUGGUGAAAUUUUACAAAAAUGUCUAUUACACAAAGUGAGGGAAUCUUUCCUUCUCUCUGUCUCGCCUUCUUUCUGAUGGUUAAAUACUACAGAAAAACUUUCUACCCCUUAAAAAAAACCCUAUGUUAAUCAAUCAGAUAUGUGUAAACCUUGUGCUUCUGUGUUGGUAGUGGUUGCUUCUCCUUUUGCUUCAAUCUGUAACACAGUAAUGUAUAUUUGCCAAAUGACACGGCUACUGCUGCGAAUGCCAAUACGGAAUGCAACAACUUCACACACACAGACACACACACAGACACACACGCACACACACACACACACACUCUUUUUAGCCACAGCUACACUGUAAACUGUCACUCGCUUUAUUUUGUGCGCAGUUUUUGUCGGUGAAUGACCAUCAACAAGGUGCAUGCGGAUACUGCAGUUUUACUGUAUUCGUUUGUAAUCUGUUGACAUGAAGGGGACGGAAAUGGAGCAGAGAAAUAAUUCUCCAGCUCAUUGGAAUAGACAGUAUAAUCUGUGCUGCAAUUCUUUCUAUCGUUCUGUAAAAUGUUAGCCCUCUUUGUUAUUCCUUGGGCGAUAUCACAGGCUUCAGUGGAUCCAUCUCCUAUCAUCCACAGGCCCAUGAUCUUUUGAAUGUGUACAUACAAGAUGGUCUCUUAACGAUGGCUAACUGGAGUGCCUCGCUCAUUCAGGAUAGGUCUGAUGGGUGUGUCCAACUUGACAUCAGUAACCUGUCAAGGAGUCUGUUUCUCAGCAAGUAAUAAUGUAUAUGGAACUCAGCAGCUUUCUGUUCUGCAAGAUAAUGGAAGAUGUGAAAUUGUUUGUAUGUAAGAGUUAAUUCUUCUUGUAAGGAUUGUUUUCUUUUUGUUUGUUUUUGUUUAACGAGGUAAAAAACUCAUGAGUUCUUUAUAAUUUACUGCUUCACCAACCCAAACCCUUCCUGGAGUUAAGACUACGGAACAGUACAUGGGAGAAGACACAGUAUUGUUUGUUUGUGUUACAGUGCUUGUGAGAUGUAGAUACUUACUUUAGUGGUAGUUUCAAAGAAGCACUGGGGAGGGUAAUGUGUGUUUGUCCUCCCCCUCCUUUUUUUUUGUUUUUUAAAUUUUAACCUCUAGUUUGCCAUGCCAACUGAAACACGACAGAGGAAGCCUCAUUUUCUCAAAGUAACAAGUUGCCUUUAAGUGUGGACUGACUGAAAGAGGAGAACAAAGGAGUGCAGGGGUUUGUGGUAAAAAAAAAAAUGUGUUAGGAGGCAUAGAGCAGAAUUUGCUAUUAGAUAAAGUGGAGAGAAAAAUAAAAGCACAUUAAAACUAUAUAUACAAGAGAAUAUUUGUUAAUUUUAAUGAUUUAUAUAUAUUUUUUUUUUGAUAUUCUGAUUUGGGUUUAAUUGUUUCGGGUGCUCUGGGUGAAUGCAUAUGCAAUCGGUUGUGUUAAGAUUGAAAACCUUCAGUUUGUGUCUUAAUUAAAUGCAAAAUUAGUUAGCUAAAGAAAAUCUUCCAACAAAGUCAUCAGAUACGGGAACACUAAUGGGGGGGGGGAGCACAUUCUGGACUACAACUUAAUCUCAUUGCCUUGGCUCUUAAAGUUGCACAUUCUCAUUUCUGAAUGAAUUAUGUAACUAGCAAUACUGUUUUUAAUAAAAAAACAAAAUCAUUUCUCUUA